AUGGCAGCUUCGUCGCGAAUGGGCGUGCUUGCUGUCUACCUCACCCUCAUGGCGGCGGCUCUCGGGCUGGGAGGAACCUCGUACGACGUGCUCCUCGGGCGGCGCGACGCGACGACGGCGAGCAUAGACGACGCGAACAACGACAUCCCGACGCCGUUCAUGGACCUGCCGGCGCUGCAGGCCAGCUUCGAGUCCCACGGCCUGUCCCUGCACGACCUGGUGGUGCUCUCCGGCGGCCACACGCUGGGCUACUCCCGCUGCCUCUUCUUCCGCGGCCGCCUGUACAACGAGACCGGCACGCUGGACCCAACCUACGCGGCGUCGCUGGACGAGCGGUGCCCGCUGUCGGGCGACGACGACGUGCUGACGGCGCUGGACGACACCCCCACCACCGUCGACACGGACUACUACCAGGGCCUCAUGCAGGGCCGCGCGCUGCUGCACACGGACCAGCAGCUGUACCAGGGCGGCGGCGACGCCGGCGACCUGAAGAAAUCUCAAACCCAUAUCAUCAUUGGCCUAGUCACAAACUCAUAA